AAGCAACUCUGGAUCAUUCAACAGCCUUUGAGUGGAGCUUCACUUCACAGAAGCUGCUCUAGUCUAUGCCUACACCCUGUCCUCUAGACUGCCACAAUGGCCAUGCUGCUCCUGCUCAGUAUGCUGAUGGUCCCCUAUGUUGGGGGCCAUGCUCUGGACACACCAAAUCCCCAGGAAUUGCCUCCAGGACUGUCAAAACAUAUCAAUAUCACUUUCUUCAAUGGGGUGUUUAAAAACGUGGAAAGUGUGGCAGAAAUUUUUGACUGCCUAGGCUCCCACUUCACCUGGCUACAGGCUGUCUUCACCAACUUCCCUCUGCUGCUCCAGUUUGUAAACAGUAUGAGGUGUGUGGCUGGCCUCUGCCCCCGAGACUUUGAAGACUACGGUUGUGCUUGCAGGUUUGAGAUGGAAGGGUUGCCUGUGGACGAGUCUGACAGCUGCUGCUUCCAGCAUCGCAGGUGCUAUGAGGAGGCUGUUGAGAUGGACUGUCUCCAAGACCCGGCCAAGCUCAGUGCAGAUGUGGAUUGCAUCAACAAACAGAUCACAUGUGAGUCCGAGGAUCCCUGUGAGCGCCUACUGUGUAUGUGUGACAAGGCUGCUGUGGAGUGCCUGGCUCUGUCUGGCAUCAACUCUUCCCUGAAUUUCCUGGAUGCUUCCUUCUGCCUGGCUCAGACUCCAGAGACAACUAGUGGGAAGGCUGUGACACUGUUGCCUAGAGGGAUUCCUGAAAAGCCCACAGACACCAGUCAGAUAGCCCUGUCAGGAGAAGUGGCUGGUGAGAUGAGAGCAGACACACUAACAACACUCUCCAGGACAAAAUCUGUUCAAGAUCGUCAAGAUAUACCAGCUUCUAGGACCACAACAAGUCCAGGAUCUGCAGAGAUUAUUGCCAUAGCUAAAGGUACAACCCAUGAUUCUGCUAGCAUUAAACCACUGAGGUUGGAAAUAUCUGUUGACAAUGGUUCUCAGGAAACAACUGGAAAAGCCUGUGACAGAUUGGCCUUUCUGCAUGUGGGUGACGGAGACAACAUGAAGGCCAUGCUGCAGCUUGGAGAGAUGCUCUUCUGUCUAACAACCCACUGCCCAGAGGAAUUUGAAUCUUAUGGCUGCUACUGUGGAAGAGAAGGAAGAGGCGAGCCAAGAGACACUCUGGAUAGGUGCUGUUUUUCCCAUCACUGCUGUUUGGAGCAGAUGAGACAGCUGGGCUGCCUCCAUGGAAGGCGUUCUCGGUCAUCUGUGGUAUGUGAAGACCACACACCCAAAUGUGUGGGGCAGAGCCUGUGUGAGAAGCUACUAUGUGCCUGUGACCAGAUGGCAGCUGAGUGCAUGGCCUCUGCCUUUUUUAAUCAAAGCCUCAAGUCACCAGACCCACCUGAGUGCCAAGGCGAGCCUGUGUCCUGUGAGGAUGGCAUGCUCAGGGGAACCUUGGCCUCUCCAGAGGACUCCAGUUCUGAGGAAAAUAGCGAGGAAGCUGCACCUCAGAUGGAACGCCUAAGAAGCAGAUUUCUGGAAAAGUCCCCUGGUCCCUUGAGGGCCAGGUCCCUUGAUGGAAGAUAAGGUGCUACAUGCCAGUAGUUCUGAGCUGCCUGAGCUCUUUGGCCCUCAGUCCUCUGUCCAUAGGAGCCAUAGCAGGAUCUCCAAAGGAGCAGGGACAGUCACCUUGUUACCCAUGAGCCUCCUGAAACUUGUCAGCACACAGAUGUGUGUCUGGAGAAUGAAUGCAGAUGACAGCACUUCUCUUCUUCCUGUAGUUCAUUAUGGAGGCUCAAUAAAUUCUCCAUGCCACAU